GCAGACAGCCGGGAAGAGACUCCAGUCCAGCUCGCAGACAAAUCUGCACCAGGUUUGAAAAAUCACUCGGACCGGCCGAAGUAAAACCUUAACAAGCACAAGUGCCUUUUGAAUCAAAGUCUGCAGGUUUGCAGUCCGCAGGCUGAUGAGGGGCACAGGCAAAGAUGGCUUGUAGGGGGCUGGGUGCCUUGGGUAUGCCCUUAGUUUCAGAGAUGAGGAGAAAGCAGUGAGGAUCAGCACCAGCCCUUUGGACAACAGGCAACUCAGCGGAGAAUGUCCUAUCAAGAUGAAUAUGGCUCAUUCAAGAAUUAACUCUCUACUCAUCUUCUACCUCAGUUUUUUGCUGCUCAUCCAUUUAAAAAAGUCACUUUGCACGAGGAAUGAUUCCAGGUGCCUGUCAAACUCUUGCCAAAAGAACUCUACGUGCAUUACUGGUCGUAAAGAUGACCCUUGCCGUUGUGCAGAAGCAUCAGUGGACAGCGUGGAGGAACUCUGUAACAAAACCUCCAGUCCUUGCUUCUCAAACCCCUGUCUCCAAAAUGCGACCUGUUUAGGCUCUGCUGGAAACCUCAGCUUUACCUGCGAGUGCCCCUGUGAAACCCCUGACAGCGCAUGUGACACAAAUCCUUGUGAGCAUGGAGGCACCUGCCAAAACAGCCUGACUGGGCCCACCUGCCUGUGUAGUGCAGGAUACACAGGAACACUCUGCGAGAUGGAUUUGGAUGAAUGCAUUUCCGAACCGUGCCACAACGGAGCAGUGUGCAGGGAUGGGGUCGAUGAAUAUUCCUGCUACUGUGUCCCAGGCUACCAAGGCAAGCACUGUGACCUGGAAGUGAAUGAGUGUGUCUCAGAUCCGUGCCUGAAUGGGGCAAUGUGUCUUAACCAGAUAGGACACUAUGACUGCAUCUGUCUGCUUGGGUUCACGGGUACAAACUGUGAGCUGGAAAUAGAUGAGUGCUCGUCACAGCCAUGCCUGAACGGCGCGACCUGCCACGAUUCCCUGGGGAGCUUCUCCUGCUCCUGCCCACCGGGGUUCCUGGGAGAGCUCUGCGAAACCAACAUCGACGAGUGCGCCAGCCGGCCCUGCCUCCACGGGGGACAGUGCACGGAUGGUGCCGAUGGGUACAGCUGCAACUGUACCGGUACUGGAUUCAUGGGGCUGCACUGCGAGACCCUCGUUCCCUUAUGUUGGUCACAACCUUGCUACAACAACGCCACUUGUGAGGACAAUGCUGACAAUUACACGUGCCACUGUUGGCCAGGGUACGCGGGGUCCCGCUGCGAGGAGGACAUCGCCGAGUGCCGCAGCAGCCCCUGCCUCUCCGGCGGACACUGCGUGGAGCGCUCCUGGGCCGGGCUCUACGGGCGCGUCCCGGGGCUACCGCCAGCCUUCCGCUACGACCGGGCCGAGGGCUACAUCUGCCGCUGCCCGCCGGGCUUCUCCGGUACUCACUGUGAUGAAGACAUCAAUGAAUGUUACAUGAACCCUUGCCAAAAUGGUGGAAUCUGUGAGAAUUUUCCUGGGAAUUACACUUGCCAUUGCCCACCUGCAGACAAAGAAGGGAUUUUUUACGGUGGCUGGAACUGUACAGAAGUUCUUCAUGGCUGUACUGAUCAUCAAUGCCAAAACAACGGAAUCUGCAUCCCACAUUUAAAAAAUGGCCAACACGGAUUCAGCUGCAUAUGCUCACCUGGGUAUACUGGAAUACACUGUGAAACCAUAACCACAUUUUCUUUUCAAGGAAACAGUUUCCUUUUGUUGAAGAAUCCCCUGACCCAUAAAAAGGAUUUUUUCUACAACAUAAACCUGAGGUUUCAAACUGUGCAACCCACAGCUUUUCUGUUUUACCGAGGGGAGAAAAGUACGUUUGCGAAGCUGGAAUUACUGAAUGGCUACUUACACUUAUCCGUGCAAGUCAAUAAUCAGCCACAGGCUCUUUUGCAUAUUCCACAUAAUGUCAGUGAUGGAGAAUGGCAUUCAGUGGAGGUAACCUUGGCAAGAGCUGUUAUUCUAAAUUUGCUUGACAGCUCUUGUGUAGAAUCCUGUCUCAAUAAAACGUCUGCUAAGAUAGAUAGCAAUCCUGUGAUGCUUGCAUUUCAGAGCACGUUUCUGGGCAGCUUACCAGUGGGGAACGUUAGCAGCAACUCUCUGCUUAACACCUAUAAUAUACAUUCUGCACCUUCAUUUGUAGGCUGUCUUCAGGAUAUUGAAAUAGACUUGAACGUUAUUACUCCAGAGAACGUAUCAUCUGAGUCAUCUUUAAAUGUCAGGAUAGGAUGUGCUAAAAAGGACUGGUGUGACACCCACCCUUGUCAGAACAGGGGACGCUGCACCAACCUGUGGCUGAGCUACCACUGUGAUUGCUACCGGCCAUACACAGGGCCAGACUGUGCAACAGAGUACAUUCCAGGCCGGUUUGGAUCUGAGGACUCCUCAGGCUAUGCUGCUUUUUCCAUUGAUGCCACUCAGAAUGAGAACUUCAUCAUAUCAAUGUUUGUCCGAACACGCAAGUCUUCUGGCUUGUUACUGGCUUUGAGAAACAGUACUUACCUAUACAUAAGAGUCUAUUUGGAAGGUGGGAAACUCACAAUGUCAGCUCUAAAUUCCAUUAAGUUAUUAGGAAAACACUUUGUGAACGAUGGAAACUUUUACCUAAUAACAUUAAAAAUAGAACCAAAUAAGAUGGAAUUGUUCCAGUCCUCUCACUACCUAGGCUUUAUAUCUACUCCACUACUAACCAUCCAAAGUAAGGAUAUUCUUUACAUUGGAGGCCUACCAGACAACAAAGAAACUGAUAGAAAUGGCAGAUAUUUCAAAGGCUGUAUCCAAGAUGUAAGAGUGAAUAACCAGCCGCUGGAAUUCUUUCCCAUCACCAAUCCACUGAAUUCUCUUAUCAACAGAACCCUUAUUAAUGUCACCCAAGGCUGCACUGGUGACAACCUCUGCAAGUCCAACCCUUGCCACAACGGUGGUGUGUGCUAUUCAAUCUGGGAUGACUUCACUUGCACGUGCCCCCCCAACACAGUGGGGAAGGCAUGCGAGGAAGUUAAGUGGUGUGAGCUUGGGCCCUGUCCUCAUGAAGCACAAUGCCAGCUGGUGCACCAAGGAUUUGAAUGUCUUGCUAACGCAGUGUUUAGUGGCCGGAGCAGUGCGAUAUUUUACAGAAGCAACGGAAAAAUCAGCAGAGACCUCACCAAUAUCGUGUUUGGCUUUCGAACUAGGGACACUGAUGUGAUCCUGCUGUAUGCGGAGAAGGAGCCAGAGUUUGUUAUCAUCAGUAUUCACAACUCCAAGUUACUUUUUCAAUUACAAAGUGGCAACAGCUUUUAUAGGCUGACCCUUGCUAGUUCAGUGCCUGUGAGCGAUGGGAAAUGGCAUCAAGUGAUGGUCUCUAUGGUAGAGCCCCUGUCCCAGUCCUCUAGAUGGCACAUGGAUAUAGAUAACAAAAAAGACACUGCAACUAGCACAGCUGCUGCAGGAACCCUCAACUUUUUAAGAGAAGAGACAGACAUCUAUGUGGCUGACAAGGCUUUUGACAGCCUGGAUGGCCUGCGAGGAUGUAUGAGCACCAUAGACAUCAGUGGCAUUUAUCUCUCAUACUUUGAAAAUGCUGACAUCCCUACUAAAAAGCCUCAAGAGGAGCAAUUUCUCAAAAUAUCUGCAAACUCUGCUCGUACUGGCUGUUUGCAGGUAGAUGUCUGCAGCUCAGAUCCCUGUAUGCACGAGGGGACAUGUGAAGACUUGUACACUUCCUACCGUUGCACGUGUCCUGACGGAUACACUGGCAGUCAUUGCGAAGUCAACAUUGAUGAAUGCUCCUCAAACCCCUGCAUUCAUGGAAACUGCACCGACGGGGUCACCUCUUAUGAGUGCAGCUGUGAACCUGGUUACACAGGGGAAAACUGUGAAGAGGACAUAGACAACUGCCUUGGCCACCAGUGUGCAAACGGGGCCACUUGCGUUGAUGGGAUUAAUGGAUACUCCUGCCUGUGUGCUGCUAACUUCACUGGAAGAUUUUGCAGAUACAGAAGAUUACCAUAUACAGUUUGUGGGAAUGAAGAGAGAAACCUCACAUGUUUCAACUAUGGCAACUGCACCGACCUGGGCGGUGAGCUGACCUGUGCGUGUCUGCCGGGAUUUGUUGGAGAACGGUGUGAAAAGGACAUUGAUGAGUGCAGCUCUGACCCAUGUCUGAACGGGGGCCUCUGCCAGAACCUACUCAACAAGUUCCACUGCCUCUGCGACGUGAACUAUGCUGGGGAACGCUGUGAGAUAGAUUUGACAACUGACUUGAUCUCGAACAUAUUCACCUCCAUUGGCUCAGUAACGCUGGCCUUGUUAUUGAUCCUCUUCUUGGCAGUUGUGGUUUCAGUCAUCGCUGCCAAUAAACGGGCGACUCAAGGGACCUACAGCCCCAGCCGGCAGGAAAAGGAGGGAUCCCGGGUGGAGAUGUGGAACAUGGUGCAGCCACCGCCAAUGGAAAGACUGAUUUAGAAGACAGCAAAAGCGCUCCUCCAUCCUGGAAGAUGGCUGAAAUGGGACAGUGUACAUAUGUUAGAUAUAUUAAUUUUCAUUCUGAUAUCAGGAAUGCUCGUUAUAAAUAUUACGAUGACUUUGGGCUUUCAGUGUUUUCCUUUUAAGUUCAACAACACGAAAAUUCUUUUAGCAUUUAAGUGACCAAUGACAUUUAUCAUUGCUUUGGACCAACCCGUCCAAGGACAAUUUUUAUUUGCACUAGCAGCUCCAGCCUCGAUAAUCAGCAGUAGGCAUUACAGACAGUAAUGGCUCCUGGGAUACAUGUAAGUGCCUGUCUUGGACACAACACAGAUAACAGCUCCUCGUUUGUGCUAUUCUCUGACUGCCUAGGAAUCGCUGUUGCAGAAGGUGAUGCAGACAAAUCAACCAAGCCUGUACAAUAAAGACACUGUAAUUCUGUUAUCAAAGGGUUUAGUACUAGAGCCGUGUCUCAGCAUAUCUACUUUCAUCUGUUAAUCAGGGAUUAAAAGGAAGUUGUGCGAAAACUCUCCAAAAUAAAUGCUUCAAAUUUAAUUUUCUUUCCUCCAGUUCUUUCACUUUAUCUGCCAUCCCUCCACCUUCUACCGAAAUGAAGGUGAAAUGAAUUCCAGUUUCCACAAAAGCACAUAUUUCUCUGAGUAUAAAUGACUGUAUCCUAAAAAAUCCAGUAGGCACAACCCAACCUCUUAGGAACAUGGAAUCUAAACAUCCUAAACAAAUUGUGGACAUCCACACUACUGCCUUUUUCCCAUUACAAUAUUACCUGAUGGUUCCUUUUAGAAAAUUAUUGCUUCUCACAUUGCAAACAUACACUGACUGCCAAAAAGCAUGCUCAGAAACAUUUCCCAAAGCUCAUGGAAAAGAGCAGGAAAGAGACAGAAGUGGCCUACAGGUAAAACACUGGCUUGAAAAUAAUUACAACAAAGUUGGUGCCUCUCCUGAUGCUCAGACUUCUCAUAUGAUCAUGGGAAAAUAAAUUUUUAUGUCUCAAUUUUCCUCUUUUAAAAGAGAUAAUCCCAUUUAACUACCUCAUAAACCUCAGCAGCACAAGGGUUCCUUUGUUGAAAAAGAAACAAACGUAUAAAAUGUAAUGGAGAAGCUUGUAAGCUUGUAAUGGGAUAGACAUUUACAUAGAUGUAAUAUAAAUUACAUUGACACAAAAGGUAAUGAAAUAGACAUUUGAUGCAAAGGAAUCUUGUAAUGAAAUAGACAUUUGAAAAUGUAGGUUAAUGGUUGGACUCAAUCGUCUUAGAAGCGUUUUCCAGCAUUAAAAACUGUACCAAAAAUACGUGCCAAAACCACACCCAAGUUAAAGGGGUUUUUGGAAUGUAGGGACAAAUUUUAGCCAUAACUCGUGCAGGUUAUUUUCAGACGUAGUCAAGAAAUUAAUGUAUAAACAUUGUUUCCACACAAACUGAACCCACAAUAAAGAGGCAACAGAGUGGAAGGUCCAUGAUGGCAUUUCCUUCUUCCUGCACUUCAGCUUAUGUGUUCUCGCAGUUGUGAAACAUCCCAGACAGACACAUCAAACCCCAGAUGAUUAUUCCAGGAGUUGCAUAAUAGAGUAUGCACAUUCAGUACCCAAGAAUUUAACUCAUCUUUUUAAUUAAUGAUCAACUCAUAAUUAAUUUUGAAUGAGCCCCUUAAGGGAUUACUGAAGAUCAAUGCCAUUCACAUUUAUUUUUGUAUUAGAUGAAUAGCAGUAACUAUGAUAGUAAGCACACUCAGGAUUUUUUGCAGUCCUCACCAAUAUCUUUCAAAACAAGGGCCUACAGAAAAUGUGAGUAGAUGGUUGGAUUCAAGCUGAGUUAGAAGCACAAAAUGUAGUCACAGCGAAAAUGCACAACAGCUUUUAUUCCAGCCCAAUUUACAGCUUUACUACUGAAGCUUAUUAUAUUAAAUGCAAUUGUCAUUGUACAGCUGCAGUCUAAAUUCAGAGAGUUCAAAUGACAACUAAGACUGGAAAAAUAAGUUACUAAAAUUAUGAUAAGAGACAGCAGAAAUUCAGGGUAGAUUUUUUCAAAACAUAGCUUCACGUAAUUAUGAAUGCAGUAGAUUUAACUGAAACUUUAGAUUUAACCCAGCUUUUGCCCUAUGAGACACUGAGGCAUAAUAAAGAAUAACAAAGUUAGUUAGGUGUGAUCAUUUCUAGAAAGAUACAUAAACAUUGGGAAAAAAGGAUGAAAUUAACUCAAAGAGUGUACAGUUUGAAGCAGAAGACACCAACUAAAAGAGAGAGCAAAGAACAGUGUGUGAGGAUGAGAGACCACAAGCGAAUCAGGAGUGAUUACUGUGGACUCAAACACACAGCUUUUGCCUCACACAAAAAAGCUGUGAGAGACCCAAAGGCAAGGCCAACUCUGCCUACAAAGUGGCCAAGUGGGCAGAGACACAGGAAGCUGUGACAACCUGAGGGCAAGCAGUGGGUGAGUAAAGAGGAGAUGGGGAGCGCUUGGGGACAGCAAGCUCUGAACAUCAGGGCAAAUCUAGAAUUAGGCACAAGCAGCAAAAGCAGCAUUGAACUAGUAAAUUGGAUACAAAGACAAUGCUUCCACACACCUGCUUUAUGUUCUUGGUAUUUUGGUCAAUAAGCUUAAAGGAGAAAUAGAAUUGAUAGAGAUCUCAGGGAAUAGCAGAGAUGAAAAAAGAAAACCAGAAAUUAAGCAAUAUCUGAAAUAGCAGUAAAAUGGUUAUAAUAAAGAUGUGACUUUGAAGUUUGCCCUUCUUUGAACUGGAUGACAUCAGCAGGUCCCUUCCAGGCUAAAUUAUUAUGUGAUUCAAAGGAAAAGGACAAAAGAGAGAAGGCAGCUGAAGAUGGAUGCAGUCUGAAUGGAACUUGAAGGAAAGCAUUAUUCUUCACAGGGAAAGAUAGAGCAAGAAUAAGGGAGUAGAUGGAGAGUAAAUCUGUUCUUCUCGAUGGUUUGACUUUCUGGAUGAAGUUUUGGAGACAGUAGAAAAACACUCUGUACAAAGGUAGUAAAAUACUCCAGGAAGUGUUGCUGCAGAGAGAAUCUAUAGGGCUGAGCAAGAUACUGAGGAGCGUGUACAGAGUAAGGAAAAGGCAGAGAAGAUGAAAGCCUGAAGACUUUUUAUACAGACCAAAGAGAGUUCUGGAGGAAUGUGAUCCUAGAGAAUUAAAAAGACACCCAUAAAAGCACAAAAAAGGGAAAAAUCUCACAGUGAAAUACGAGUGUGGUUUGUAGAAGGUAAGUCAAGGAGACAGAAGGCAGGGGGAAAACCUUUAAACUAAGAUUAGAGUAAGUUGUGAUUGCUGUCAGUCUCAGAGGAGAGGAAGCGAUAAAAAUAAGAGUGGUGGAAAUUCAUAGCAAAAUGAGAGAAGAAAAGGAAAUCAAAGUGAAUGGCACUUGAGGGAGGUGGAGGCAAACGCUGGAUUGCAGCAAAGGUGAAGCUGGACUUUCACAGCAGUGAGACCACAGGAAGGGGAGGGAGGAUGACGGUGAGUUAGGAAUGAGAAUUGCCUACCGAAGCAGAUCUGUGUAAGAUUACUUAGAGGGAGCAUGUUUUACUUCAAAUAGGGAUUAAAAUGUGAAAUAUUCAAAACUCUAUUUAUGAUCUUAUACGAAACAAACAGGAAAAGGCCCAGAAGGCAACAAACGUCAGUUCCGAAUACACUUUCUGAAAAGCUGAAUUAAUGAAGCAACAUCCAAAGGCAGCAGGGAGGUAGAUGCUGCAGCUGGAAAUGCUCAAUGGCAGCCUGGAGAAGCACAAAAGUCCCAAAGCUGUCGCCACAUGAACAUGCUAUAGCAACCAUGAAAUGCAUGGUUAGGAAGACUGACCCUUCCGGGCCAUAUCUCAGCCAGGGAACAACAGUUAAAACAGGUGAGAAUACAUUGUAAAGAAUGUCUUAUACCAUCUUUGAUGAAAUUCAACCCACAGAUUAAAACCAAUAUAGCAGAUGUCAAACUAUUUUCUGCUUCUUAGCCCAGGAGUAUAAUAAAAUGUGUAUAGAAGCACAGACAUUCAGGGAGGAGCAAUAACAUCUAGGAGUUGUGGAGAGCAUUUGUGCUGCUAUAAGGAAAAAAAUAGUGAAAUUGGCUUCUGGUUCCCCCAAAAGCACUGAUAAUCUCCAAUAAUGUGGAGGUAUCUCUAUAUAAUAUAUUUAAAAUAUUUCAAAAUUACAUUUGUUUAAUCUACUUGACUCAAAAGCUUCAAGUUAAAUAAAUUAUUCAUGAUCACUUGCAACUUAUCCCUUAAAGAAAAAAAUGCUCAUUAUACUCCCAAACUUUACACAUUUAAACUCUCUCUUCGUGUCUAAUAGCCUUACAAAGAAAGACAGGGUGCUAUGUUAGAGCACACAAUCUGCUCUGCACCAAACCCCUCAAGAUACUCAGAAGCAGGGGAAGGAUGAAACUUAUCUCCCUUUCAUGGUCCACUCCCUUUUCACUUGGAAAAAGGUGGCAAUCAGCCUGUGAAACAGUGAGCAUUACCUUGCAUUAUGUGCCUUCACCAUUUUAUGUAAAGUUAACUGUCCCUUCUCUAUAUGUAUAUAGUAUUUUUAUAGUUUAGAUGCUGUAUUCGUAUCACUAUUUUGCUGUGUAGAGGAUCAAAAUGACCAACAAAUAAAGAUUAUAUCAAGCCA